AUGCAGAAAGGGACAGGGAAAAUGCAGAAAGGGACAGGCAAAGAAGAAGACAUCUGCGGCAAAUCAGACUGCAACCGUACUAUGGUAUUGUCAUUCGAUUGCAGCAAGUCACUGCAGCAACAGAACGUCAAGGCGGAAAUGCGGCAACCUCCAUGGACACACCACAAACAGAUAGCACCACUAACUAAGUCUUUGAUAUGUGAAAACGGUAUUGUUACAUUCAAAACGAAGUACAAGAAAAACUCAGUACCAUCAACCGAUGACGAAAAAGAAAAGUUUAACAAGAGAGAUAUUGUGGCUCCGUACUUUUCGAACAUUGAUGCAAGGACAUUGGGAAAGAUUUAUUUCCGAGUAUAUACAGGUGCUGAGGUAUCCAAUGACAACGACGUGAACGCAGCAAUCACUUCUAUUCUGAAAGACGCUGGAUACAGUACAAUGGACGUGUUCUUCCUUCUAGUAGUCACGUGGAAGGAUGUUGUAGAAUACAAGAAAAAUGAUGCCGAUACUUCUACAUUCCAACUAGCCCUUGUCUCUGAUGGAAAAGAUACAACACAUGCUUUCUUCGCUUAUCUUGACGACCAAAUGAAGUUUCCAACCUAUGAAAAUCUAAUAGGUUUUGCUUUUACAAAUCAGCAAAACUUGGCUUUAGAAGUAGCCAACCCUGUAACUUACUAUACAAAUUUAGGACGUAGUGGAUUCGCAAUGUUUCCAUUGAACAGUGGUUCGGACACAUCAUUUUCGAACUGCUACGUAUGCAAACAAUGGACAGCACAACAGGCAAAUACAUUCGGAGAUUUACAAUCAAGUUGGAAUGAGAUGCCAGUAUGUCCAUGUGAUAAAAACACGAUACCUACAGCGGGAUAUUUCCGAAAAAUUAACUCAUUGGCAAACAAUGUAGAAACUUAUAUCAUAAAAACAAGCACAAAAUACAACUUACAGGGAUCGAUGUGCACUUAUGAAGACAGCUCAUACAUAACAACCGUUCCAAAUGUUGGUUUCAAGACACAAUACAACAAAUUGUCAGGGACUGCCUUUUUUGACGCCGAAAUUCAAAUGAAGAAAAAAUGUUGCAAUGCUGGCCUGUGCGAUGAUUUCUACGCUGUCCGACCAAAAAAUGUUAACUGUACAUCAACAGUUGGUGUACUAAUUGGUGGUGGUACCGGUGACCCACAUAUUACUACCCCAGAUGGGAAGUCUUUCACAUUCAAUGGAGAGGGUGAAUACACAAUGAUAUCUGUUCAAAAAGAGGGAGUAGACUUUGUUUUGCAAGGACGGACUGCACCAUAUCUUGACGAUGAUGGUAAAUCAGUCGGGGCAACUGUUUUUACUGCUUUCGCUGCUAAGGACAAUGUCGAUGACUCCCGAUGCUUCAUAGAACUCGACAGAAUGACUGGAAUGAAGAUUAAAGUUAAUGGAGUAUCUUAUAAUUCCGAAUUUGCUUCUAAAGACACCUUUACAGAUACACAGGGGGCGGUGUUUUUGGAAAAACAAAAUAACACCAUAACACUAUCCUUUGCAAACUCAGGGAUUAGUUUCAGUGUUACUGUGAAACUACAAAAGCUACUUACAAUUGCUGUGAGUGUUCCUGAAUUAUACAAAGGUGUAUCUAAAGGUCUUCUUGGAAAUACAAAUGCUGAUCCAUUUGAUGAUUUCAUAUAUCCGAAUGGCACUAUUCUUUCAACCAAUGCAACUGAAAGAGAGCUGUUUAAUUACGGACAGUCAUGGAUAAUUUCAAGUAGCGAUGACUCAGUUUUUGAGUAUCCUCCAGGAGGAAGUUACCUGAAUUACCAAAAUCUUAACCCCGUUGUAAAUUUUCUCGACGAAGCAAACCAGACUCUUGUUGAAAAAGCUGAGGUGUUUUGUGGUGAAGAAAAUAUUCCUUGUAUAUUUGAUAAAGUGUUCACCGGAAGUAAUGAAAUAGCAGAAGACACAAAAACGGUAUCUGAUGAGCAAGAAGAGACAAGACUAAUUCUUGAAAACGUGGCUCCUACUUUGACGCUUGAUGUGACAAGUUUAAAUCAAGAGACUGGUAAGCUACAUGUAGAAAAAAACAGCGAAACAACAGUUGUUGUCACUGGAGAUGAUGAUGGAACGAUUUCGUUUACUAUCAUGAGUGGUGGGGAGGUUGCAACACUAUCGCAAGGGAGCGGUGAUAAUACAAGGGAUCUAAAGAUUCUUUUUACAAGCAAUACACCGCAAACGAUAAGUUUGACCGUCAUUGACUAUCUGGGAGUUCAGUCACCUUUAUUGGUCCUCGAUGUAGUUCUAUGCACUGGCUGCAACGGAAAUGGACAAUGUGAUUACACUACAAGUCGAACUGUAGACCAGGAUACUGAGGGUUUCAGUUUAGCACAAUGUAUUUGUGAUGAAUAUCAUGAGGGUGAUGAGUGUGAAGACGAUCUGAAUGGUUGCUCGGGAGAUCCAUGUUCCCUAGGUCGUGACUGUACAGAUAACGAUGUAAACACGCACACAGUAUCAGGGAAAGCUUUUACCUGCGCUGAUUGUCCAGCUGGCUAUACAACUGAGGAUGACGAUUGCAUAGAUGUUAAUGAAUGUGCUCUUUCAACAAAGAUGUGUAGCGAUAUUUGUAAUAACACAAUUGGAAGUUAUAUUUGUAAAUGCAACGAUGGUCGCCGUGCAAGCAAUGCAACACAUUGCAUAGAUAUCAAUGAAUGUGACGAAGCCACCAGUAACUGUCAGCAAGUUUGUGAAAACACAGAUCCAGGGUUCACAUGCAGUUGUCUUGACGGAUAUAAUUAUGAUUCCGAAUCAAACACAUGCACGUUGUCUGACGAAUCGCGAUGUAGCAGCUCGGGAUGUUCAACUGAAAAUGGUGGGUGUACUGUAGAAAAUGAAGAAACAAAGUGCUUUUGUAAUAAAGGCUACAAACUUGGAGAAGACGGAAAAACGUGUGAAGAUAUAAACGAAUGCGACCAAAACAUUUGUUCAGGCACAUGUUCAAAUACAGAUGGGUCCUACACAUGUGGCUGUUAUACUGGAUAUAUUUUGAACAGUGACAGAACUACGUGUUCAGCAUGUCCUUCCGGUAGCUGGGGAGAUAACUGUGGUCAAGAGUGUUCAUGUAGCAGUCUCGGAUCAUCAGGAUGUGACAAUGUUAAAG